AUGUCCACCGCCGAGCUCGCUUCCUCCUACGCUGCCCUCAUCCUGGCCGAUGACGGUAUUGAGAUCACCGCCGACAAGCUCCAGACCCUCAUCGCUGCCGCCAAGAUCGAGGUUGAGCCCAUCUGGACUCAGCUCUUCGCCAAGGCUCUUGAGGGCAAGGAUGUCAAGGAGCUCCUCCUGAACGUCGGCUCUGGCUCUGGUGCCGCCGCCGCCCCCGCUGCUGGUGGUGCUGCCGCCGGUGGUGCCGCCGACGAGGCCGCCCCCGCCGAGGAGAAGGCUGAGGAGAAGGAGGAGUCUGACGACGACAUGGGCUUCGGUCUCUUCGACUAA